AUGAUUCUCACAGCAACACAAACGGAGCGUCUGCCUCCCAUCUACUUAAAACCGUUUAAAACUAAUGGUGAUAUACGCUAUGGUUAUUUCAACCUGCCAGAAGCCUGCCUCAAUAGCAGAAUUUCAGUAUCCAUCACGCUGGACUCGAACUGCACUGGACCUUCUCUCAAUCUUUUCCUGCGGCCUGGUUCCUUACCACUGGUCCAACCCUUUGACGUUGAAGUUCCUCGUGGUGUUGUUCUUCUUCCGGACACUUUAAUUUUGAGUGUCUCCUUCAAGGAUGGUGCUUCACCGACUUCUAAAUGGGGAGGGUUCAAAAAGAAUGAUGUUGAGCUUAGUGUUUCAAAGUCUGGCGCAGCAGCUUCACUCGACUGCAACAUAUAUUCCCCAGCCUCUGGCUCUUGGUUUUUUGGCGCCUAUACGUCUGUGAACUCAGGCCGA